AUGCCUGAAAUUCCAGAGACAAUCCUCAGUCACAGCGCAGUUUUCUCAAAGGGUUCGUUAGCAAUGGCUCCUCUGUCGAAGGCCCUAAGUGUUUUUAUGUUGAUGGGCAUUACAUAUGCCUUCAACUAUGACCAGCCUUAUCGUGGUCAAUACCAUUUCUCACCCCAGAAGAACUGGAUGAAUGACCCCAAUGGGCUCUUAUACCACAAUGGAACCUACCAUCUGUUCUUCCAAUACAACCCUGGUGGCAUCGAGUGGGGAAACAUAUCAUGGGGGCAUGCUAUCAGUGAGGAUCUCACCCACUGGGAGGAGAAGCCUGUUGCCCUUCUGGCCCGAGGAUUUGGCAGCGAUGUCACCGAGAUGUACUUCAGCGGAAGUGCUGUUGCCGAUGUCAACAACACGAGUGGCUUUGGGAAGGACGGCAAGACACCCCUAGUCGCCAUGUAUACUUCCUAUUACCCCGUUGCGCAAACAUUGCCGAGUGGCCAAACCGUCCAAGAAGACCAGCAAUCACAGUCCAUCGCCUACAGUCUUGACGAUGGUCUAACAUGGACGACAUACGAUGCCGCCAAUCCAGUCAUCCCCAACCCUCCCAGCCCUUAUGAAGCUGAAUACCAGAACUUCCGGGACCCCUUUGUGUUCUGGCACGACGAAUCCCAGAAAUGGGUGGUUGUCACGAGCAUAGCCGAGCUGCACAAACUCGCGAUCUACACUUCCGACAACCUCAAAGACUGGAAGCUAGUGAGCGAGUUCGGUCCUUACAACGCGCAAGGCGGAGUGUGGGAGUGUCCCGGACUUGUCAAACUCCCCCUUGACAGCGGAAACUCCACAAAAUGGGUCAUCACAAGCGGACUGAACCCUGGUGGUCCCCCAGGCACUGUCGGCUCCGGAACCCAGUACUUCGUGGGAGAGUUCGACGGAACCACAUUCACGCCUGACGCCGACACAGUGUACCCAGGAAACUCCACCGCAAACUGGAUGGACUGGGGCCCGGACUUUUAUGCCGCAGCUGGUUACAAUGGCCUCUCGCUGAACGACCACGUCCAUAUUGGCUGGAUGAACAACUGGCAGUAUGGCGCAAACAUCCCUACCUACCCCUGGCGCAGCGCCAUGGCCAUUCCCCGCCACAUGGCCCUAAAGACCAUUGGCAGCAAAGCAACCCUAGUCCAGCAACCCCAGGAAGCGUGGUCUUCUAUCUCGAACAAGCGUCCGAUCUAUUCACGCACAUUCAAGACUCUCUCUGAAGGCUCCACCAACACAACCACAACCGGAGAGACAUUCAAAGUGGACUUGAGUUUCUCUGCUAAGUCUAAGGCCUCAACAUUUGCAAUUGCCCUCCGAGCAUCCGCCAACUUCACCGAGCAGACCCUCGUUGGCUAUGACUUCGCCAAGCAGCAAAUCUUCCUUGACCGUACACACUCCGGAGACGUGUCAUUCGAUGAGACCUUCGCGAGCGUCUAUCAUGGACCUCUGACGCCGGAUAGCACUGGUGUGGUGAAGUUGAGUAUCUUCGUCGAUAGGUCCAGCGUCGAGGUGUUUGGCGGCCAGGGCGAGACAACCCUGACGGCUCAGAUUUUCCCAAGCAGUGAUGCGGUUCACGCCCGUCUGGCGUCUACUGGUGGAACUACCGAGGAUGUUAGAGCUGACAUCUACAAGAUUGCUUCGACGUGGAAUUGA